AUGGGGACCGGGUGCAGCAAGGAGGUCGUCGGGACUUCGCGUGGAACAAGAGGCCCAUCGUUGCGGUCCUUCUGCUCGGGCGGAUGCUCUUAUUCCUUGGACCAUGAUGAUGAUCCUCGUCAGGAGCUUUUGUCCGAGGUUACAUUAGAGAAAUACCUCUUUUUAGAUGAGUUUUUUGAUGCAUGGUCUCAUGCUUAUGGUAUGAAGUAUGAAAAAAAAGAAGGCUUCAUAAAAGGUGAAGCACUGGGAACUAUACAAGUGUCUUCUGUCUCGUCCAAUGUAGAGUUCAAUGGGUGGAUUCAUGAAACUGCAUCUUCUGACCCGUCUGCUGCUGGUAAUUGCUCUAUCAGUGCUGACCAAAUUGGCAUCAGCUUGAAUAGACCAACAAGUCUUGGGUCAUCUCAGGCUUAUUCACUUCUGUCAAGUAGCCGUCCCACUUCAGAUUCCACUGCAGUUUUUCAUGAAAGUACCUGUUUAGACAAUUUAGGAAGCAACAGUAAUGCUCUCAGAGAUGGCAACCAAUGUACACCUGGAUUACGUUGGAUAAAUUCUUCAAAUGGUUUUCACAGAAUAGAUUCUUCUUCUGAUGAACUACAACUACACCCUUCUGCUAAAUUGGUUCAACAGCUGGACCAUGUUAUGCCUUCUUUUGAGAACAUAACGACCCAUAGCUCUGUUACAAUGCGUGAACUUGCUGUAAAUGGACCUUCUCUAGAGAGCUGUUCUGGAACAGCUCAGGAUGAGUCAAUGCAUGCUUGUAGAAGGGCAGGAACAACAGACUCUCUACAAACAGGGAUGCAAUUUAGCAGGGCAUUGAGCGUUGGAAGAUUUCGUGAUAGAGUCCUGCAAAGAAGUGACACAGUUGGGGAUGUGACACAGGGUAAUGUGCCAGACCUCUAUGACUUAACGUCAGAAGUUGUUCAACAAAAUGCUGAAAUUCCUCAUAUGUCCUCCAGUCAUGACUUUGGUGGCAGUUCCAUUAGGCCUUCCAAUGGUAGUCACCAACUUGAUGUGGGUAAUCAGCAACUGGUAGAUGUUACUGAUGACAAUCCUUCUUCACAUCGAAUGACAUUCCUCGAAAGGAGACAAAGGGUGAGGUCUCAGGUUAGGGCACUCCACCGUUUGGGAAGUCGAUUUGAGAAUUUAGUUGGUCAUGACAGAUCUUGUAUCUUGUCUGGUCAACAUCGUAGAGGUCGUUGUCUGUGCCGAGCAAAUAUUAGGCCAGAUAAUACUGAAGGUGAUACAAAUACCAGAGCAAGCAUAUCAAGAAUUGUGAUGCUAGCAGAAGCAUUGUUUGAUGUUUUGGAUGAAAUUCACCAGCAAUCUGUGGUCUUGUCUUCUUGGCCUUCUGUGUCCUCACUGGGAUCUGUACCUGCUCCAAAGGAGGUUGUAGAGCAUCUGCCUGUCAAAGUGUAUACUAAAUCUAGUCUUAAGAAUGAGGAAGCUGCCCAAUGCUACAUUUGCCUUGUGGAGUACGAUGAGGGAGAUUGUUUGAGAAUACUUCCUUGCCACCACAUGUUUCACCAAUCAUGUGUAGAUAAAUGGCUGAAAGAAGUUCACAGAGUAUGCCCCCUUUGUCGAGGAAAUAUUUGUACAUCAGAUUCUUUGCCACUCGAGACUGUUGGUUGAACCACAAUUCGAUGUCUUCUUCUGUAUGACUUAUCAUAUCACCAUCUGUUUGUAACUGUACAUGAUGGUCUCAGGUGGCGUUGCCAGCGCACCAUAGUCUCCUUCCCUUGUUUGUUUAAGGCAAAGCUUUUAUUUCAGAGAACUCCUGCUCUGCGUUUCGUUGCA